UAAACAGACAGCUCAACGCUGCGCGAAAUUCAAAGAAAGCAAAUCAACUGUUUUGCCUAUUCGUCAUAGUAUAUGUACUAAAUGACACACAUACUAUCUGUUAUGGAUCUAGAUCUAGUUCUAGAUUACAAUAGAUCUACUAUCUAGAUCUAGACCUAGUAGUAAUAUCAAAAAGAUGUCGAUAAAAAAAAGUCAAAGGAAUUUGGUUUUUUAGUUACUGUGUCACGCAUAGCCGCAUAAUUUUCAAUUUAUUAUAUUAAAUACCCAAAAUGGAUACAGACCAAAUAUUAGCCCUUCAAAAUGCUCUCCCUUCUACUGACGGACUAGAUGGAAAAGAUUUUAAUGUUUAUCAUGUAGAAGUUUUACAGAGUCCUUGCAGCACUGUCAGACGGAUUCAAAUACAAGAAAAAGUAAUUGAAUUUCUGAGAGCCAAGAAAACAGCCUUUGGUGACUUGCUGCUCGAAGAAUUCCAGGAUCCAUUUUUAUCUCAGAACAUUCAAUACAUAGCUCUCUGUGAUGUGGAACUUCCAGGGGUUGAAAAAAAGGUGAUAGACCUGUCUACAUGUAGCCUUCAAGUACAUGUGUUCCAACUGAAUACAGAUGGGGCAGGCUCUGAGGAGCUGGAUGAAGAGAACAUGUCUGCAGCCAAUCACUGGCUGUUGCCAGCUUCAGACUUCCAUGGACUGUGGGACAGUCUGGUCUUUGAUGACUCCAUCAAACUAAGGUUAUUAAAUUAUGCUUCCACCACCAUGAUGUUCUCUGAGAAACUUGUUGAUAGCAACCUAAUUACAUGGAACAAAGUUGUUCUAUUACAUGGUCCUCCAGGCACAGGUAAAACAUCCCUGUGUAAAGCUCUAGCACAGAAGCUGUGUAUACGUUUUUCUGACAAGUACACACAUGGCCAGCUUGUAGAGAUCAAUAGCCAUAGCCUGUUUUCAAAAUGGUUUUCAGAGAGUGGGAAACUUGUUAUGAAAAUGUUUCGUAUGAUCCAAGAUUUGAUUGAAGAUCCUGAAGCGCUGGUGUGUGUCCUUAUUGAUGAAGUGGAGAGUUUAACUGCAGCUAGGAAGAGUGCAAUGAAUGGGGUGGAGCCAUCUGAUGCAAUAAGGGUUGUUAAUGCAUUGUUAACACAACUGGAUCACAUUAAAAAAUACCCCAAUGUGUUGAUUUUAACCACUUCAAACAUCACUGGUGCCAUAGACCUGGCAUUUGUGGACAGAGCUGAUAUAAAGCAGUAUAUUGGUCCCCCAACAGUCAAAGCCAUCUACACUAUAUAUCAUUCCUGUCUAAAAGAACUGAUGAAGUGCGGAGUGAUCAGUCCAGUCCACCAGCUGAUUGAUAUCAGAGCCCUGGAAGUGACAAGGUUCAUAGAGAACGGUGCCACCUUCCACAGCUUAAAGUUGUUUGAUAUUGCUAAGAAGAGCCAGGGACUAAGUGGUCGUAGUUUACGAAAGAUUCCAUUUCUGGCACAUGCCCUUUAUUUACAGGGCAGCCCUGUUACUUUGGAGAACUACCUGGAAGCAAUGUCAUAUACUGUAGACAGACAGUUUCAGGAACUCAAUGAUCUCGCCAAGUGCUGAAUUGUUUACUUUCUAUGUGCAAUGGUAGCAUCUGUGCAUACUCUUACUAGUAUUUCUAGUUAAAAAUUGUAUUAUACACUUGCAUAGAAAAGUGCCUUCAAUUUCAAAGGGAAGAACUUGAAGUGAAUGUUAUUUGUGGACUCAUUGUACUUUUCAAAUUGUAAAUACCCACAAUAAAAAGUAACUUGUUUUAAUUUUCAAAAGAAACAACUGUUUUAAUGUGUCUGAUAUGUAUAUACUUUUUAGCUGAAUAUUAAGUAAAAUACUAAGUAUUUUAUCUCCUGUGUUGAAAUUGAUUUUGCCAUUGGUACUUUUUUUAAACUGAUGAGAUGCAAGAAUUGCUAUACACACAGCCUCAACUAGCUUGUGAUCACAGCAUACAUACUUCAAGAUUCCUAAAAGUUCUUAAUAAUCUGAGUUCAAAAUUUGUAUAGAUCCGUGGAAAUAAUUUUACACUAAAUAAACCUAACUAAAUAAACCUAUA